AUGUCGUUGAACAUCCUCGUAAUUGGUAACGGUGGAAGAGAACAUGCCAUCGUUUGGAGACUUUUACAAUCGGCCAGCGUGAACCACGUUUACGUAGCUCCAGGUAACGGAGGCACAACUACUCAAUCAUCCAAAGUCACCAAUGUCCCCAUAAGUUCAUCACCAAAGGAUUUCCAAAAAUUACAAGAUUUUGCAGUUGAGAAAAAGAUCAAUUUAGUUGUCCCUGGUCCUGAACAACCUUUGGUUGAUGGAAUCGCUCAAGUUUUCACCUCUGUUGGUAUCCCAGUUUUCGGUCCUAGCGCCAAAGCUGCCAUCAUGGAAGGCUCUAAAGCUGCAUCUAAGGAGUUUAUGGAAAGACAUCAAAUACCAACUGCCAGAUUCAAGAAUUUCACAGAUGUCAAUGAAGCUAAGAAGUACAUUGACGAAAUUGACUACAGGUUGGUAUUGAAAGCUGAUGGUAUUGCUGCUGGUAAAGGUGUUUUGAUUCCUGAAACCAAGGAAGAGGCAUUGGAAGGAUUGAAUGAAAUCAUGGUUGACAAAAACUUUGGAGAUGCAGGUAAUGAAAUUGUUAUUGAGGAGUAUCUUGAAGGAGAUGAAUUGAGUAUAUUGACCAUCACUGAUGGGUACUCUUUUUACAACUUACCGGCUGCUCAAGACCACAAAAGAAUUGGUGAUGGUGAUAAAGGUUUGAAUACUGGUGGUAUGGGAGCUUAUGCUCCGGCACCCAUUGCUACAAAGGAAAUUUUGACCAAGAUCGAUGAGGAAAUCAUCAAGCCUACUAUUGACGGAAUGAGAAAGGAUGGCUUCCCAAUGUGCGGUGUAUUAUUCACUGGUAUUAUGUUGACCCCAUCUAAGCAGCCAAAAGUGUUGGAGUACAAUGUCAGGUUUGGUGACCCAGAGACUCAAACAGUUUUGCCAUUGUUGAGUGAUGAUACGGACUUGGCUCAAGUCAUGCUUGCAGCCGCCGAGCAUAGAUUGGACUCGGUGAAAAUUGCCACGAAGCCAUUGUUUUCUACCACUGUGGUUAUGGCAGCUGGUGGAUACCCGGAAUCAUACGGUAAAGGAGAUGAAAUCACAGUCAAGGAACCAUUGCCAAAGGACACUUUCAUCUUCCAUGCUGGUACCAGCACUGCGGAAGGCAAAGUUGUCACUAGUGGUGGAAGGGUGAUUGCCGCUACCGCUUUGGGUGAGACUUUGAGACAAUCAGUUGACAGAGCUUAUGUUGGUGUUGACCAUGUCAACUUCCAAAAGAAAUAUAACAGAAAGGAUAUCGCACACAGAGCUUUCCGUGAUGCUGAUAAAUUUAAACAAGGAAGCGGGGUUACAUACGCCGAGUCUGGUGUUUCGGUCGACAAUGGUAACUUGCUAGUGCAAAACAUUAAAAACAAGGUCAAAUCUACAGCCAGACCCGGUGCUGAUUCUGACAUUGGUGGAUUUGGUGGUUUGUUUGAUUUGAAAGCUGCUGGAUAUGAUACUGCCAACACUUUAUUAGUUGCAGCAACCGAUGGUGUGGGAACUAAAUUGAGAAUUGCACAAAUAAUGAACAUUCACAACACUGUGGGUAUUGAUUUGGUAGCAAUGAAUGUCAACGAUUUGGUUGUCCAAGGUGCUGAACCAUUAAUGUUUUUGGAUUACUUUGCAACUGGUAAAUUAGACGUUGAAGUUGCAGCCAAGUUUGUUGAUGGUGUGGCCAACGGGUGUAUUGAAGCUGGUUGUGCUUUGGUUGGUGGAGAGACUUCAGAAAUGCCAGGUAUGUAUGAUGAGGGCCAUUACGAUACCAAUGGUACAGCUGUUGGUGCUGUUGACAAGAACAAGAUAUUACCCAAAGUGGCCGACAUGAAAGCGGGCGAUGUUCUUAUCGGAUUAAGGUCCAAUGGUAUCCACUCUAAUGGGUUCUCCUUGGUGCGUAAAAUCAUUGAGAUAAGUGAGUUUGAUUAUCAAUCACCAGCUCCAUGGAACAAGUCCAAAACCAUUGGUGAAGAGGUUCUCGUGCCAACCAAGAUUUACGUCAGGCAAUUGUUGCCUAGUAUCAAUGAAGGAUUGUUAUUGGGGUUGGCUCAUAUUACAGGGGGUGGAUUGGUGGAAAACAUUCCACGUGCAUUGCCCAAACAUUUACAAGCAAAAGUUGACAUUAGCAAAUGGGAAGUUCCUGAAAUCUUCAAAUGGUUUGGUAAGCAAGGUCAGGUUCCUGUCCAUGAUAUCUUAAAGACAUUCAACUUGGGUAUUGGUAUGGUUUUAAUAGUUGAAAAAGCCAACGCUGAUAAAGUAUUGAAGAGUUUGGAAAAUGCUGGCGAAAAGGGUGCUCUUGUUAUUGGUGAGUUGGUUGAGAGGAGAGGAGAUCAAGAAGGGUGUGUUGUUGACAAUGCAGAAGGAUUGUACUAG